ACCACGCGCACGGAGUGAGUUCUACGGAUGUCAGGGUUAUUGGCUGACACUUCGGGGGAAAUUCUCAAAACCUGAAAAGCGCAGGAAGUUUAUCACUAUCGUCGUUUUCGAUCAUUUCAGAUCUUUAGUGACAUUUGAUCACUUGGCGUUGUCAGCAGGGGACAAGAAAGCAACCUUGAGCGUGAAAUUAAAAUCUUAUCGUAAGGAUCAACUCUAUUUCAUUGCUACCCAAAACCGGUUUAUUGAUGUUCACACCAUCAUAACUUCGGCGCCGAGUGAUUUCAGAGGUUUAUAAAAAAUCCGCCUGGUUUCCUAAAGUCGAAUUAGUUUGCUGUUGGUGUUAAAGUGUUUGAAAAGUUUUGCAGAGAGAAAUGACAUUUUGGAAGUGCUGGCAAAAGGUCGCCGUCAAAGUUUAUUGAAAUUGCCCAUUUUGACGAUUGGUGCACUUAAGGGAUUACCGCUCGAUCUUACUUUCUAAAAAAUUGGGAUACUUAAAGGAUUACUGAUAGUGAUUACGUGAUAGGAUUCAGAUAUACACAACACGACGACAAUUCUCGAUAAGAGAUAUCUGGAGUUGGUUGAUGUUCUUUGCACGAAGAGUCUACAAUGGAAAUAAGAUGUAACAAUAGUCACGAUGGUUUUCUUUCGAACAACAGCACGAAUGGGUCCAUCGAGGGGACCAGUAGGUCCAAUCCUGAAGUCCCCAUGUACCUCCUUAUCAUGACCACUGGGUUUUAUGUCUUCACAUUCGUGGCAGGAGUGUUAGGAAACGCGCUCGUCAUUGUUGUAGUGUCGCGGGACAAGGAAUUAAAAAAUCCGACGAACUAUUUCUUGACGAAUUUGAGCAUUGCUGAUUUGUUGGUAAUACUUGUGUGUAUGCCACCGGCGCUGAUGGAGAUUUACACAAAGGAAGCUUGGUAUCUCGGAGAGGCUGCAUGCAAAGCCAACGCAUUCAUCGAAAAUGGUCUGACGAGCGCCUCGGUAUUGACCAUCCUCGCCAUCAGCUUGGAGCGAUUCUACGCCAUCUGUCGGCCGCUGAGAGCACAAUACAUGGGGACCUUCAAGCGGACUUUGAAAUUCAUGACAGUUAUUUGGGUUGUAGCGUUCAGUUCUGCUGUGCCGUUCAUGUGGAUUGCCCUAUACAAGGACAGUGAGUGGUUAGACGGUACGCCUAUCAAGGUGUGUAGACAGUACAUGCUCCACCCAUGGAAGAGAACCUAUGCCGUUGGUGUCACUGCUUUAUUCUACAUCUUGCCUUUGAUGAUAUUACUCACUGUCUAUUUAUUCAUAAGUAAGCACCUAGUCGCGAAAGGAGACUUCCCCGGUGACAAUUUCGUAUCUCCUCAGACACUACGCGCGCGCCGCCAAGUGGCGAUGAUGCUUAUGACAGUAUGUGCCUUGUUCUUCAUCUGCCACUUGCCUCUCCGAUGCCUUAGCCUCAUUCUCAUCUUCCGAUCAAAGGUAUUGGCAGAUUUAGGCUUUGAGGGUUACUAUAACGUCAUAUACAUGGCACGGGUGAUGUUUUAUCUCAACAGCGCUGUUAAUCCUAUAGUGUACAACAUCAUGUCCACCAACUUCCGUAAUGCUUUUAGGAACGUUCUGUUCCUCAGGCAGCGGCGCCAUCUGAAUUGUCGGGAGACCGCCACAACGGUUUUCACAAAACCCAACGGAUACGUUCGCUACGAGAGUUUUAACAAGGACAAUAAUCCGCCUAAGGUUGCCCAACAGGAGCCAUUCAACAUGGACAAGCAGCAGCCGCGGAAACAGCCGAGGAGACUCGUGUAUCGCUGGUCGUCCUCUGACGGAUCUUCGGAAGGCCGCGGGGACGAUGCCCGCAAUCACAAUGUCAAGAAACCGAACAUUAUCGUGACAACGAUCUAGGAAAUAGCGAGUGUAAUUGAAGUCCUCAGUGCACGAAGUCACAUUUUUGAAAAAUAUGAGCUGGCACCAGAAAGGAAAUGAGCCGUUCAUCACGAUCAGUAAAAUAGCGGACUGGAUGCAUUUUGGUGCUGAAAAUUAAUCUUAGUUAACCAGUGAAGAAAUUGUUUACUGGCCGAAUUUAGAAAAAGAAAAGAUGUUUUGAUUUUGAUGUACAAAAAAUGAAGAGCAAGGAAAGAUUGCGCUGUGCUUAUAGAGACUUCAUAUAUGUUUUAGUCAUGAUGUUCAUUUUGCCAUGCAGAUAUUAGAUUAAAAGCCCCCAAACAAGCACAACACCAAAAACAAACAAACAACACGUAAUGCUCCUUGGUAAACGUGGCAUACGGGGCGUUUUGCAUCUCAGUCUUCAUUGAUAGUCGGCUGCUGAAGUGCUUUUCAGAUAGAUCUGGUCAAAGGUACUUGGCUGACCUGUCCACUGAACAACAAACAGUAGUGUUACACAGCCCUGGGCACC